UUCUUCCAGAGCCAUCUUCCUGUCUGGCUUUCCUCUUCAAUAAAUUGCAAUCUUCUUUCUAAAACAGUUGCCAUAUUGUUUAUUCCCAGCUUGGAUUGAACCAUGAUGAAGACUUCUCCUUCAACAGUGUCAAAUCUGAUUUGUGAGUGCUCUGUUUCCUCUGUCUGGGAGUUUGAGAGUCAGGAGAGAGACUCCACGGCUUCUCUUUGAUCAAAGAGAUAAAGCUAUUUUGUUUCCAGUUGCCUCGUGUUCAGAGUCUCAUUGGGAUUUAUCAGGAUUCUAAAUUGAAAAACCUUACAUCAGGAAGAGGGGCCAGCCUCGUUUUCAGCGCUGUCCUGUUUCAGGAUACCACAUGUUCUUUGCUAAGGCUAUCACGUAGCCUUCCGGGAAUUUUAGGGCAAGGAGAAGCGGCCCAAAGGGAAAACGAUUCAGAAGUGAGCAAAAUGAAAGUUUUCCCACAAAAUGAGGAUUCUCUGACUAAAACUAGCAACGGAUCUCCAAGGUCCCUUCCUAUGUUUUAUUUUUUAAAAUCUUUACACGAAAGAAAGAAGGUUAAACUCACGAGGUGUUAAAUAGAUCGUUAUUAUCCAAGGGGAUAAUAAACGGAGUCCAGCUGGCUUUGCAUUUAGCCCGAGAGCAAGAUCCCUCUUUCCGACGCUCAGUCCUGCGGGAGACGGCUCUGCUCCGACCCCGCGCGGGGAGCUGCCCUCGGAGCGCUUGUGAGCAAUCGCUCUUGCUCUGCUUCGCCGGAGAGUUUCCGAAGCUCCGGUUCAUUUGCCGGCCCUUCGUGGUUCACCCUGGCCGUCUCUGCCAGGUGUACUCACUUCGCCAGCAGACUUUUGGAACCUAGCCACGCACCGCUCUUCUUCCACCGCAGUCUUUUGCCUGGCCCGCACUUUGCCGCCGCUGCUCCCCUCAGGUCAGGAGAUGCAAACGCAAGCGCCCACGGGCCCGCGGAUGUUAGAAGCGAGCGACGCCCCCGGCUCUCUUGCAGGCGUUGGCUCUGUUCCAAAUUGCAACGAAAGCUCCCGCUACCCGAGGGCUGCCGGGAAGCCCCUCGGCUCCACCAAAGCACUGGCCGGUUCCUGGAAGCGUCGUCCCUGCACGCUCUCUCUUCCGGGCGCUCUAAAGGCUGAGUCGGGGCAGCGACUGCCCCAGGCUCUCCGCUAGUUCCGCGGUAAGCCCGGCGCGGCCAGUCACGUCGAAGCGAAAGAAGGGCGGCCCUCCGGCUGGGAGCCUUCCCCUCCGGAAGCAGCUCUCCUCCGGAGCGACGGUGCGGGCCCUCCUGUCGGGGUCACUGGGCGAGCGGAGAGGCCUCCCGGAGCUGCUCCCUCCCGGGGAACUGCGAGUUCGCCGCUUCUCUUGCUUUGCGUCUCAGAUGACGGUGAGUCCAGCAAUGGCAAAGAUGGUAAGAAGAAAGUGUGCAUUUUGUCGAGAUGAUGAAGAGACUGCGAUUAUGUACAUUGCUGAAGAACAGAAUCUCGCAGUUCAUCAAAAUUGUUUGUUAUUUUCUUCAGGAUUUGUGGAAUCAGAAGAACAGAAGGCUGAGGAUCUUAAUAAAAGGUUUGACGUGGCUUCAGUAAUGAGUGAAAUAAAGAGAGGAAGGAGGCUGCGGUGCAGGUUCUGUCGUACGAAGGGAGCAACCGUUGGAUGCGAGAUCCAAACUUGUCGCAAAAAUUACCAUUAUUUGUGUGCCUUUCGUGAUGCUGCUUCAGUCAAAUAUGAAGAGCCAGGCCGCUACCGUGUGUUCUGCCAAAAACACGUUCCAGUCGAGGGACGCAGUUUUAAUGGUGAAAACAGUAAGAAGGAAAUGCUCCCGACCCCCACAGACUCUUCCUCCACUACAACCAGAAUGAAUGAUGAGACAGUUGGGGAAGAGAAUAUGGAAGUCCUCAGUGAAAAUCAUGACCAACACAAAGAAAGGAUAGAAUUUUUAAAGAAGUGUAAGCAGGCUGGAAUUCUGGAUGAAAUCUUUGAGAAAAUAUUAAACAAUCUUCACCUGGCUCGGGAAAAGCUGACAAAAGACAAUACUUCAGAAGCAGAGUAUGAAGAAACAGUCAUGUCACUUUUUGAUUGUGGUCUCUUUGAAAAUAUUCUUAGAGUGGCUUAUUCGGGAACAGAGAGAAAAAUUCAAGAACUAAUGAAUACACGGGAAAGACUGGAUACUCAGAUUGAACUUUUAAGAAAUUUAAAAGAAAUACCACUUCCUGUCUCAGAAGACACAGUUUAAUACCUUAAGUACUGUCUCUGAAUAACCCACCACGAUUAAAAUGAUUAUUGAUUUUUUUUCCAGGUCA